AUGAAAUUAGAUGAAUUAGUUGCGAAUAAAAUAAUCGAAAAGGCUACCGGUUAUUGUGAAUGGGUGAAUCAUUUAGUCACCGUUGAGAAAAAAGACGCUGAAAAAUCACUGCGAUUAUGCAUCGAUCCAGGUGAAUUAAAUAAAAGUAUUUUCGAUGAACACGCAUUUAUUCCAACUUUUGAAGAUGUGUCAUCACAAUUAAAUGGCAUGAAAUAUUUCACAGUAUUAGACCUGAAAGAUGGUUACUGGCACGUUAAAUUAGAUGAAGAAUCGAAAAAACUUUGCACUUUCGCAACUCCCUAUGGAAAUUACAGAUUCUUAAGAUUGCCAUUUGGGAUAAAAACCGCUCCUGGCGUGUUUCAACAAUUGAAUUUUGAGAACUUUGGAGACAUUGAAAAUGUAAUGAUUUAUUUUGAUGAUAUUUUAAUAGUGGGUCGCACACGAAAAGAGCACGAUGAAGUAUUGAAAAAGGUUUUGGACCGCGCAAGAGAAAAAAAUGUACGCUUCAACAUAAACAAAGCACAAAUUGCAUUAGAAGAAGUGAAAUAUUUAGGUCACAUUUUUUCAUAUAAUCAAAUCAAGCCUGAUCCAGAACGUCUUUUAGCUAUUGCUGAAAUGACACGACCAAAGAACAAAAAUGAUUUACAAACAUUUCUUGGAGUUGUGAAUUUCAUGACUCCGUUCAUACCUAAUUUGUCAGAUCGAACGGCUCCGUUGCGUGAAUUGAUAAAGAAAAAUGUUCUUUUCCUUUGGACAGAGUUACAUGACAAAGUGUUCGAUGAGAUCAAAAAAUGCAUUCUUAAUUCGGAAAUUCUCGUGCCUUUCGACAUUUCAAAAGAGUUAAUUAUUCAAUGUGAUGCGUCACAGGGUGGCUUAGGAUGUGGUUUGAUUCAAGAUGGCAAACCAAUUUCGUUUGCGUCACGCAGCCUAACCGCUUCUGAAAGAAAUUACUCUCAAAUUGAAAAAGAAAUGUUGUCAAUUAUUUUCGCCUGCCAAAAGUUUCAUUUCUACACUUACGGCAGAACAGUGCGAAUUGUCAACGACCACAAGCCUCUUCUUGGAAUCAUGAAUAAAGAAAUACACAAAAUAGCGUCAGCAAAACUACAGAGAAUGAGACUUAAAUUACUCAAUUAUGACAUAAUUCUUGAACAUGCACCUGGCAAAACGAUAGUUUUAGCGGAUUAUCUAUCGAGAUACAUGAGCAAAAGUGAAAAGGUUUCGGAAGAUCAAUCAAUUACUGAGUCGAUCUUGUCGAUUAACGUGACAGACGCGCGUAAAAUCGAAUUACAGCAAGAGACGAACAAUGAUGAAAUUUUAAAGCAAAUCAAGGAAUAUUGCAAAUUCGGAUGGCCAAAUAAUAAAGACAAAUGCGAUCCAUCCACGAGAUAUUUCUAUAGACUCAGGUCCGACAUAUUGCUCGAAGACGAAAUCCUGUUCUAUAAACAACGAAUAAUCAUUCCAAAAUCCAUGAGAAAAGAAAUUUUGCACCAAUUGCAUAAGCCGCACUUCGGCAUAAACAAAACGCUCAAACGUGCCCAAAAUUCAGUAUUCUGGCCAAACAUUUCCAAUGAAAUAGAGCAAACAGUUUCAAAUUGCAUUAUUUGUCAAGAGAAUGCGCCGAAAAUUCAAAAAGAGCCGCUCUUGCCACAUGACAUUCCGAAUGAACCGUUCAAGAAAAUUGCAUGCGACAUUUUAGAUUUUAAAUCAAAGAGUUUUCUUGUCGUAGUUGACUUCUAUUCGAAGUGGAUAGAAUUAGUUAAAUUGAAAGGCAAAACUGCUCAUCAUGUAAAUACAGAAUUAUUAAGGCUAUUCGCUACAUUUGGUUACCCACAUAUAAUAAUUGCAGAUAAUAUGCCAAUGGGUUCUUAUGAAACCAAACAAUUCGCAAAAAAGCAUGAUAUUGAAAUCAUUACAAGCAGCCCUAAUUUCCCACAGUCAAACGGAAUGGCUGAAAAAGCGGUCGGUAUUUGUAAAAAUAUUUUAAGGAAGUCAGAGAAUGAAGAAGAUAUUCUCAGAGCAUUGCUCGCAUACCGCACCACACCAACCAAAAACAUGUCAUAUUCGCCAGCUCAGCUAAUUCAAAAUCGAAAUUUGAGAACUGAAUUGCCAAUGCACAUCGAUAAAUUUCGACCCGAAUUAUGCAUUGACGUCGAAAAACAACAACAAGCAAAGCAAAAGAUCUAUUGGUACGAAUAUCGACAUGGUGAUGGUGAUGGUGGUCGUGGUGGUAAUGUUGGCAAUAAGGCGAAAGACAGUAUGGCAUAA